AUCAAACACCCGCUGCUUCACUUUAUUCACCACGCAUUACCAGCUCAUCGCCACUGGAGUCACCUUUCUUCUCCGCCGCGCAUGGCGUAGUUCAAACACAUCCCGCGCUGGGCAACAGCAAUUCGUUACCGUUAAAUGGCAAUAGUUUGGGUAGUGGCGGUGUGUCGAGUACGCUCAGCGUUGGCAGUGGUUACCUGAAUUCUCGUGGCAAUUUGCCAAAAUUCAAUACACAACGCUACCCACAAAUUGCGAAUACCGUAGUCGAUCCGAAUCCACAGUCGCCAUUCCGUCAUUUAGAUUUCUCCACCAGUGCCACCGCCGAACUGAGGCGUAAUCCAACAUUAUCGGCGCCAGAUGAGUGUGCGCGCGCCUGUCGUGAAGGUGAACCGCCACGUAUUUGCUACUAUCACUUCACCA